AUGGAAACCCCUGAGCCCGGUCAGGCUGAUGGUGAGGAGCAGAUGAUGGAUUUGAGACCCAGCACCCGGUCUAACCCAGAGGGUGCAGAAGACUGGCGCAGCAGCAACGGCAGCCUCAACAACAGCCUGGCGUCCCCCUGGCCUGUUAAGCCCAAAUGCAAUAUAGCAUUUUCAUCAUGUUAUUCUCUUCCUCUUCCGAAAAUGCUGCAGUCUCCCUAUUUUUUCUUUGAUGUUGUUUAUUUUCAUAAUGGAACUGAAGAGCAGACAGAGGACACUAACUGGAGUGACGUGUACACCUCCUUCAGGGGAUGGGCAUCACCUAAAGGGAUGUGCUAUCGUUUUGAGGUGUCACUGUGUGGUGCUGCCAUUGAGCUGCACAACUGUAUGGCCAAACUGCUCUGCCACCCGCUGCAGAGACCCUUCCAGAGCCAUGCCUCAUACAGCCUGCUGGAGGAUGACCUGAGGCCACAGUGUAAUACCACUGAUGAUUUCACUCAAGGGACCGCUUAA